CAAAAGGGGGAAAAUUAAAGGCUCUCUUACCCUACGCAUUUCCUCUCUCUUAUCCCUCCCUCCAUUAUUCCAUUGCACUUCCCAGUAUCCCCAAUUUCCAAGAGGGGACCCUCUUUACCCUGUAAUUGAACCUUUUUUUGUUCUUUUCAGUUAAACUGUAAGCAACGUUUAAUGAUAAAAGUCAUAAAACCUUAAAGUUACGUUAAGACAGUUUCCGCAAGUUUCUCUCAUCCAUUACACCAAAUGUUGUUUUUCCUCUCCAUAUUCUUCUUGCUGUGUCCUGAUCUUGUUGUAUUUUGGCAUGAGAAUACCCACUUGUGUUCAGUUCACUGCCCUUGAUUCUUAAAUUCCUUCUUCAACAGAUCUGAGUCUCUGUAAAGACAUUUAUUGCUGGGAAAAGGAUCUUCUUUCUGGAUAAUCUGUGCUGUUUAUUUAUUGCACUGAAUGCGGGAUAUGUCAUUACUAAAGCUGCUAAAUUUGGUUUAGUUUUAUGAAAGCUUCCAUCAAUGUGGUCUAAUUUGGAUAGAGUGGAUGGAUGCAAAUGAAUCAGAGCAAGCAUUUAGCAAACACAGAACUGUGGAGAGCUCAAGACGGCCCUUGGUUCCGGCCGAAAAGAACAAUGCAAUCACCACCCGGCGAUUGGGAACAAGGGAGGUUAGUUCCCGGUACAAGUCACCUACUCCGGCGGCAACUCCAUCAGGUCCUCGUCGAUGCGCUUCUCCAAACACAAGAACAACGCCUGUGUCACCCAAAUUGUUACCAAAAAGAGCUCAAUCAACAGAGAGGAAACGGCCUGCAACUCCUCCUUCGCCACCAAGUCCUUCAACACCUGUCCACGACUCAGCUGUGGAUGUGCAUUUAUCAUCUAGAAGGACAGCUGGUAAUCGUUUACCUGAUAGUCUUUGGCCUUCCACAAUGCGAAGUUUGAGCGUUUCUUUUCAGUCAGAUACCAUUUCCAUACCUGUUAGCAAGAAAGAGAAGCCAGUUACUACUGCUUCUGAUCGUACUUUGCGACCGACUUCAAACUUCGCACACAAGCAUGUUGAAACACCAAACGCGCAAAAGCUUACACCGGAGAGAAAGAGGAGUCCUCUUAAAGGGAAGAAUGCCCUUGAUCAGUCUGAGAAUUCAAAACCAGUUGAUAGUUUGCACUCUCGACUAAAAGAUCAGCAUCGUUGGCCAAGUAGAAUUGGUGGGAAGUUAUCUUCUAAUACAUCAAAUCAAAAUUUUGACCAUGCUGAUAAGAUAGCCAGAAUGAUGAACACUUCUGCUCCUGGAACUGGUGUAUCUUCACUGAGAAGAUUGUCUUUUCCAGCUGAAACUAAUACGCCUGUGCAAAAAACUUCUAGCGAUGCUGCAAGGCUAUCAUUUCUCCUUCAAAGUGGUAGAAUAGGAAGCCAAGUAAAAUCAAUUGAUGACAGCUUCCAUGUAUUAAAACCUCACAAAUCUGUUUCUGGGCCUCUAUCAAAUAAAACAGGAUUAGCAGUGGCUGGAGUCAGAUCUCAACCGGGAUCGCGUCUCCCUUCACCCAGUAAGAUCUCAGUGCCAUCCUCUUCUAGUUCAAGAGGUGUCAGCCCAUGUAGGUCAAGGCCAUCAACUCCUCCCAGAGGGAUUAGUCCAUCUCGAAUAAGGUCAACCAAUCCAUCCGACCAGCCCAACAAUUCAAUUUCAGUGCUCAGCUUUAUUGCUGACAUAAAAAAGGGGAAAAAGGGUGCAGCCCAGAUAGAAGAUGCUCACCAAUUACGACUUCUAUACAAUAGAUAUUUGCAAUGGAGAUUUGUAAAUGCGAGAGCAGAGGAUGUAUUUUACAUCCAAAAUGCAACUGUGGAGAAUACUCUGUAUAAUGUAUGGGAGACUACUUUGUCUAUGAGGGAAUCGAUUAUUAGGAAGAGGAUCAAUCUCCAGCAGCUGCAGCUUGAGCUGAAGCUGGAGUCCAUUUUGAAUGAUCAACAGAUGACCUACCUGGAUGACUGGGCUGUAAUUGAAACUGAUCAUGUUGAUGCUCUAUCUGGGGCUAUAGAAGACUUAGAGGCCAGCACUCUUCGUCUUCCACUAACUGGAGGGGCGAAGGCAGAUAGUGAGCAUUUGAAGGCUGCUAUCUGUUCAGCUGUUGAUGUUAUGCAAGCAACAGGAUCUGCAAUCUACCCUUUUCUCUCACGGGUGAAGGACAUGAAUAAUUUAGUUUCUGAAGUUGCUGUUGUAUCAGCACAUGAGAAAGCUAUGCUUGAAGAAUGUGAAGCGCAACUUACUGUUGCAACAGCUAUGCAGGUGGAGGAAUCUAGCCUUCGGACCCAUCUCAUGCAGACCAAGCAAGCUUUGGAGAAUAAGUAACCAACCUCGGAAAUUUAGACACCUUGAGCCUGACCUGUUUCCAAGCUAACAACAAGUCUCUAGAAGCUGCAGCCAAAGUGAUAGUAUUAGUAAAUUAAAUUGUUUUUCAGGUUCUUUACCUUUGUAAAUUUUUUAAUUAGGUUAUUUUCCCCCCUUUCCUCAAAUAUGGCUCUUGUUCAAUUACCUUCUUAGUUUCUUUUUAGUCAAAACUGGUGGCCCAAGCCUUCCACUUGUAAUUUUGUAUCAUGCAGAUGAAAAGUAAAUGCAAAGCAAUACAGAGAAAUAGUAACACCUAUCCACAUUUAUCA